AGCAAGGUGUUCCUGAACCACUUCCAUUGGCAGAGAGGCACUGGAAUUUGCUCUUGCCCGAAAGAAAGCAACAGCACACGGAUCGCAGGACACGUGACCCGGGAUCAAAACAGUCAUGUUUUCCUAACCUUCCUCAGUUGCCCGUUUCUUCGACAGGGCUUGCACAACCUUAAAAGAACUCUAACGGCUCGUUGGCCAACUUCUAUUUUCAGACACUCUUGGGCUUCCUGUGUGUUUGCUGCAACUGGAGCCUAAAAAAAGCCCAGCCACCCUCAGAUACUACUACAGUGUUGCAGAGAGUAUGCAGCUUAUAACACUAGGAAACUGCAGACACCGGAGAUAACAAGCAUCUGGAACCAGGAAGUAACAAGCAACUGGAGCCACCCAACCAACAUUGGAGAACAUGCUGCUAAACUUCGACUUUUUUGUGAUUCUCCUGCAAAUACUGAUCAUUCCCUUUGCCAUGCUGAUCACUUGGGCCAUUUACUGUGAUCUCUCCAAGUCUGAGAUUCCUCCUGGCAUUGACCAGCCUAUGAAGCUUCGGAUUCUUAACUGGCUCAUGAUUCUUUCAUCAUUCCUGGGGAAGAUUCUGGAGAAUCUACACCUGUGCACUGAGAUACACUUCAUCCGCUACACCCAAGAAGGAAAGAGAAUGGGGGAGGACCCCAAGCUUGACAUUAAGGACCUGGUGUUUGAGGACAUCCCUGUAAGGGUUUACCAGCCACGGGGCCCAAGAGAAAGAAGAGGCGUCAUCUACUUCCAUGGAGGAGCUUGGGUGUUCGGCAGCAUCAAUUCCUAUGACCACCUUUGCCGCUACAUUGCCAAAGAAAGUGAUUCGGUGGUGCUUUCUGUCGGGUAUCAUUUGGCCCCUGAGGAGAAAUAUCCAUCCCAGUUUAAGGACUGCCUGACUGCCAGCAUACAUUUUAUGAAAACCGCCAAAGACUAUGGGGUCGACCCAGCCUGUAUCGUCAUCAGCGGAGACAGCGUCGGAGGGAAUCUUGCCGCCUCUGUCUGCCAAGCAUUAGUGACCAGAUCUGGCAUCCCACGGCCGCUUGCUCAGAUUCUGAUCUAUCCCGGCCUCCAAGCGCUAGAUUUCAACCUGCCUUCAUACCAGCAAAACCGAGCCGUCCCCAUCUUGUACCGGGAGCAUGUCGUUGGCGCUGCCUUGCGGUAUCUCAAUAAGGACUUGUCGGUGUUAGAAAGCGUUAUGCAGGGCUGCCAUGUUCCCAGAGACAUAAGGAUGAGAUUUGGGAAGUGGAUCAGCUCGGAGAACAUCCCCAAUGAGUUUAAGGUCAGAGGCUACAAACCACCUACGGCCGCUUCCUAUGAGGACAACAUCUACGAAGUGGUGAAGCAAGCGCUAGAGCCAACUUUCUCUCCGCUCAUGGUAGAUGACGUUGUGGUCGGCCAGCUUCCAAAAACAUGCAUUGUAACUUGUGAGUAUGAUGUUCUACGGGACGAUGGCAUCCUCUACAAGAAAAGACUGGAGGACAAUAGGGUACCGGUCACCUGGUACCACAUUGAAAAUGGAUUUCAUGGGGUGAUAAGUCUAUUUGAUGGAUUUCUAUCCUUUCCUUCUGGGAAAAAGGGGGUAGACAGCAUUAUAACAUUUCUAAAAGACUUGUGAGCAUUUUAAAAAAUAAAAAUAAAAAAAACAUUAUUUGUAUCUCUGACUUCUUUUGAUCAACAGCAACUAUCUUAUUUAUCUUUGAGUAGAGAUGAAAGGAUCUGCUCAUUUUGGCUUCUCCCAUAUUUUUAACUGCACUUCACACCAUUUCUGCUUCAGGUGGUGGUUUUAAACAAUGGCAGAAGUUAUGAGUAACGCAGAGAUGAAGGGAUACUUUUCUUAUUGUAAAACAUCCUCUACAGAUAUUUAAAAAUAAGACAGCUCCUGCUUGCAAGCUUGCAACCUUAAAAAUGUGAUAUAAAAGGAUAAAGGAAUGAGGAGGGAAGAGGAAAGCAAGCAUUGGGAGCAGCUGUCUCUUCACUACGCAGUGGAUGCAAGAAGGGUUGGUUUCUACACUGGCAGAGGAAGAGGAAUGUGGGGGGAGCACACCGCCCCCGGCAGCGUGAUCCCGGCAGAGUGCCAUAGCUUGCACGAAGUCCAUUGCACUGUUACUCCAGGCUAGAAAUCGGAUCGGUAGGAGCACUUGAGAUGUGGUCUGAAGGGAAAGAGAAAUAAAAAAUACCAGCCUCCAGGAAAACCAGUUAUGCUAUGAGCAAGGGUAAGAGGGUAACUAACCCAUUAACCAGAGGCCUUGGAAAAGGUGAGAAAGUGGUGCAACCUCAAGUUAUGGACGUAAUACUAGGGAGAGGGGCCUUACAGACAGGGGUUGAUGAUUCUCACGUGAGAAGCCAGAUCAAUAAAUAACCGGGUAUAAAAUACACUUCCGUGUUGAAGAGAAAUAUUUCAGGUAA